CAUAGACUGUCUCUACAAUUGCGGUCACUGCCCGCUGUCGCUCUGCCAUGUACUGAUACACCUCACGUCUCGCACCGCAACGGCAACACCACGCUUGCCUGAACACCUAACAAGCCUGAGACUCGUCUACGCCUCGGCUGCCCAUCAUAUUUGCGAAAGAGGACGGGCCUCGCGCGACUUGUGCCUGACUACCCGCCAUACCGCUUCCAUCGAGGAUUGGAACCGCCGCUGCUCGCAAGGCAUUACUAUAACAAAACCCCGCGACCUGCCCAGUCUACGAAGUUGAUGUUCUUCUGUCGUCGAGGCUACUGGUAGUCGAAGGGCACGCAUCUGGUCUUUCUUUUCAAUUUUGAUUCUCUUUCUUAUACGCCGCGGGCUCGGUUUACUGCUCGUAUCCUUUCUUUAAUCUCCUUCGUGAUGGGCAAGUUAAUCAAGAACCACUGGGCGCGCCUAGUCAUCCUCACAGCUGCUGCUUACCAAAUAGCCGCGGCCGUCGAAUCAUUCUUCUGGCCUAAAAUCUUCUGGGAUUUCCUUACCAAGAACCUCGAUGGCGCCGUAAAACCCAUUCCGGUCCUACAAAUUAUCAACCUAGUCCUCGGCAUCAUCGGCCUAGCAUGGGAAUGGCCACUACCGCUUCUUGCCGGCACAGGACUUCAUCGAUCAAUUGAAGCGCGCUUGAUCAUAUACCCAUUGAGUGCUCUCUGCGCACUCCUGAUCUACCAGGGCACCAAUUCAGGACUAUACUAUAUCAUCGGCAUGGGAGCGUACUUCUGGGCAUACAGCGAGGGCGAGGUUGUCUGCCCUGAGCCAUGGACACUACCGAAGCGUGGAGCUACUGCCCGGAGACUAGGAGCUGCUUAGGCUCUGCCAAACACCUGUACUUUGAUUCAAUGAUUUCCCAGCGAUUUAUGAACCAUGUCCAAGAAGACCGUGUAUUUUCCCUCGUCAAACUACGACUUUACCGUCAUAUGCGUUUGCGCCGGCGUUCAAGGAGCGUGGAAGAACAACCGAUGAUUGACUAUUCAGGCAGCACGGUUCUAAAGCAUGCAUCAUACCAGUUUUGCAUGCGUUAUUACAUUGAAAAAUGCUCUCUCGCUGCGAGAUAGCACCUAAAUACAAACACACGAUAACUAUGAUAACCUCAGUUUCCUCUUUGCGCCGUCAAGUCCUCGAUGUUUUCGCUUCCCAACUGGGGUUUAUGCUGACGGCUAGCUGAGGCAAGUAUGGUUUCAGGCCCUAGAACAACCCUCGUCAUACAUACCUCACUAUAACACUCUCCCCUACGCUUUCCCCUACGCUCUCACAUCUUGCG